AUGACUGAUGAUGAAAAUGAACCAUUAUUGGAUGAUGAUAAUCGUCAUCAUACGUACACUUCUCUUCAUUCUUAUAUAACAACAAAUGAUUCUCAUCCACGCACCUCUUCAAGUACAACUUUUGCUACCGGUGAAAAACUAUUAUCUGGUCAUUAUGAAUCACUUGAUUAUGAAUGUGAUGAAAGUGAAAUCGCUCAUAUGGAAGAAAAACGCUUAGGUUAUCAACAUGCACGUCGUUUAAUUAUAUUAAAAUGGUUAAUUAUGUUAUUAAUUGGUAUAUGUACAGGAUUAAUAGCUGUAUUUGUUGAUUUUGCAGUAAAAAAUUUAACAAAAUUUAAAUUUAGUUAUGUACAAAAUAAACUAGAUACAUGUUUAUCUGAACAUUGUUUAUUUAAACCAUAUUUAACAUGGAUUAGUAUAAAUAUAAGUAUGGUUCUAGUUGCAGGUUUUCUUAUUCUUUGGGAGCCAGUUGCACGUGGUUCAGGUAUUCCGCAAGUAAAAUGUUAUCUUAAUGGUAUAGCAAUUCCACAUGUACUUCGUUUGAAAGCAUUGAUUGCUAAAGUCUUAGGUGUUAUAUUUGCUGUAUCUGGUGGAUUAGCUGUUGGAAAAGAAGGACCUAUGAUACAUUCCGGUGCAAUUAUUGCUGGUGGAAUUUCACAAGGAAAAAGUAGUUCCUUAAACAUUGAUUUUCAUAUUUUGAAACAUUUUCGUACUGAUAAACAUAAACGAGAUUUUGUAUCGGCUGGUGCUGCAGCUGGUGUUGCUGCAGCUUUUGGUGCACCUGUUGGUGGUGUUUUAUUUGCUUUAGAAGAAGGUGCAAGUUUUUUUAAUCAACAAUUGACAUGGUUUAUUUUUUUUGCAUCAAUGGCAUCAACAUUUACUUUAAACUUUGUUAUGAGUGCAAUUGAGGGUCAUUUUGGUGAUUUAUCAUCACCAGGUUUAAUCAAUUUUGGACUUUUUAAAGAUACUCCAUAUAUGUGGUUUGAAUUACCUUUAUUUAUUAUAAUAGGCUUUAUUGGUGGUAUAUUUGGUGCUUUAUUUAAUCAAUUAAAUUUACGUUUAACUAAAUUUCGACAUCAUUAUAUAAAUAAACCUUGGUUAUCAGUUAUUGAAUUGAUACUUGUUGCAGCAACAACUGUUGUUAUAGCUUUUCUAUUAAUUAUUGGAACAAUGAAUGAAUGUCGACCGAUAAAAACACAAUUAGAACUUAAUUCACCUACAAUACAAUUAUAUUGUCCUGAUGGACAAUAUAAUAUCAUGGCAACACUUGUUUUUAGUACACCUGAACAAGCUGUACGAAAUUUAUUUCAUAAUGAAAUAGGAACAUAUAAUCCAUGGAGUUUAUUAGUUUUUUGUAUUAUUUAUUUUUGUUUAACUUGUUGGACAUAUGGAGUCAUUGUUAGUUCAGGUCUUUUUAUUCCAACUCUUUUAAUUGGUGCUUCAUGGGGUCGAUUAGUAGGAAUUAUCAUGCAUACAAUAUUUCCAUCAAGUGUUAAAUAUUUUGAUUCAGGCAAAUAUGCUCUAUUUGGAGCUGCAUCACAACUUGGUGGUACCAUGCGUAUGACAAUAAGUCUUGCAGUCAUUUUAAUUGAAGCUACUGGUGAUAUUGUACUUGGUCUACCAAUUAUGAUUGUAUUAACAGUAGCUAAACUUACUGGUGAUUAUUUUAAUGAAGGAAUUUUUGAUAUACAUAUUGCUUUACAAAGUGUACCAUUUCUACCAUGGCAAUCUGAAGUAUUUACAUCACAACUUUCAGCUUUAAGUAUUAUGUCAACACCAGUGAUUCAACUAAAAACUAUUGAAAAAGUUGAAAAUGUUUAUCGUAUUUUACGUAAUGAAAGUCAUCAUGGUUUUUCAGUUGUUGAUCAUCAUACAGAUGAAACAAAUAAUCAUCGAUCUGGUACAUUUCAAGGCAUUAUUUUACGUCAUCAACUUAUAACAAUUUUAAGAAAACGAAAUUUUAUUUCAUUAAAUGAUUGUCUUCGGGAUUAUUUAACAAUGGAUGAUUUUCGUGAAAGUUAUCCACGUCAUCCAUCAAUUGAAAGUAUUCAUUUAACGGAUGAAGAACGAGAACUUUAUUGUGAUUUAAGACCGUACAUGAAUUUAGCUUAUACUGUUUCACACCGUUCAACACUUCCACGUAUAUUUUCGAUGUUUCGAGGUCUUGGUUUACGUCAUUUAGUUGUUGUUAAUGAUAAAAAUGAAGUUGUUGGAAUGAUAACGCGAAAAGAUUUAGCUCGAUUUCGUAUGAAACAUAAAAAAGGUCAUACAUCAAUCGAAGAACUUGCUAUAUCACAUUAA